AUGACUGCACGAAAAAGUAGCGAGGAAAUAGAUCUAUACAGCGCUGGUGAGAAAAUUUCAAAGACACUCGUACUGGCUGUCACUGUCAUGGCACAUGAUAUUUUAAUACAACCACUUCGUGAGAAGCGCGAUAUUCGAGAUUAUGACCCGAGUAUAAUCAAAAUCGAAUUCAAAAAAAUGUUAUGUUCGGAUAAAUCUCGGAAACGGUUAAAACAAUUGGAAUUGUGGAAAGUGAUAACAUUAGCAUCGUAUUAUGAGAAAUUUAUGGAUUCCACAAGACCACGUCAUGUCCGACAAGCUAUUGUCUAUAUGAGAGAGCUCGAUGCUGCAGCAUAUCGAAUUGAUUCCACCAUAGAGACUCUCGAUCAGAUUACUAAUGAAGUCGAUAAGGAAAUCGGUUGCUGGGCAACAAAUUUCAGAAAGUCUUGGGUCACUAAGAUUGAUGCUCUUGAAAAUGGUGGUCCUUAUCAGCUAUCAGUUCAAUUGCAAAAGCAAGAAAAAGCAAUAAGUGAUGUAGCAGAUCAUUUUUCAGAGAGAAUGAGACUAAUAAGCAGCAUGGAUGAUAACUUUAAGGAGCAUAGAAGUUUACUCAGAAAGUGUCGGGCAUUUGAUAUUGACAUAUUGGCGUUUACUAAGCUUGUCCAUUUACAAUGCGGUAAAAUGGUAGCAUCCGUGAAAGAACGUUGGUCAGUGGAGGAUUUGAAAACACUUCCCCUUAUAAUUGACGAGCUGAAUAAAGUUAUUGCAAAUUUGAAUGAUUUACGAACGGUUUGCGAAUUGGUUGCACCGACAAGUUUAUCUAAGGAAAAUGAUAUAGCAAAAUUAAUUCGUCAAGCUCAAAAACUUCGUCGAAUUUUAGGGAUUUCAGUUGAUGGAAUUAUAAUAAAGUCGCCAAUAUUAUUUGUCAGCUGA